CACAUUUACCAGCACCUCAGUUACUAUAUCUCUUGGUAGUAGUCUUUCACUUUCUCUGCACUCCCCUUGAUAGGCCAGUUCUCGUUCCCCAGAUUUCCAAGGUCGCUGUAACUCACCACUGACGACACGUAGGUUAUAUCUGUCCUGCAAGUAGCCGAGAAACAGCAGAGCCGGCGAGCAGGCCCUGUCCGGGGCGCCUGUCAGGGAUGGGCGCCCUUAUGAGCACGCUGUGGGCGAUGUGGUUUGGCAACAAGGAGUACAAGAUUGUCAUGGUGGGGCUGGACAACGCCGGCAAGACCACCAUCCUGUACAAGCUACACCUGGGCGAGGUGGUGCAGGCCACGGCCACGGUGGGCAGCAACGUGGAGCUGGUGCGCUUCAAAAACAUACAGCUAGAGAUCUGGGACCUCGGGGGGCAACAGAACCUGCGGCCGUUCUGGGGCACCUACUUCAAGAACACGGACGCGGUGAUCAUGGUGGUCGACUCCACGGACCGGGCGCGCGUGGGCGUCACCAAGUCGGAGCUGUUCAACCUGCUUGAGAGCGAGGAGCUGGCCAAGACGCCCAUCCUGGUGUACGCCAACAAGCAGGACCUGCGUGACGCCAUGGCGGUUGAGGAGCUGACGCAGUCGCUCCAGCUGCACAGCAUCCGCAACCACGACUGGCACAUCCAGGCCUGCUGCGCGUUGACGGGCGACGGGCUGCUAGACGGCAUCAACUGGAUCUACCAACGGACGAAAGGCAACGCGUCCUAGAGCCGCGAUACGGGACAUGCAAUGGAAAGCCGUCUUGCGUAGCGGUGUGUUGCGGGGCAGCGGGCUCGCAGUGCUGCGCGCUGCGCAUCUGGUGAAACAGGGAGGAGGUCGUGGGGUGUCACGUGUGGGAGGAUGGCAUGCGGUUUUCUUGUGUGAGUGGGCUGGG